CCCGUAUCCAACGACGUUAGGUAUAAUAUACUCGAGUACUCGAGUACAGUAUCAUACCAGUUUGGAGCGGGUUGAGGCUCAGCCCACGUGACGAGAUACUCAAGCUCGGCCCGCAAAUUCCCACUCUGGCAUGCUUGUCCUCGGGUGGGGUCCGGGCUUGACUUGAAUUGAAGGGAGCUUCACAAGCAAAGGGAAGCUGGCAUCAUAGUCUAUGCAACGCUGCAUGGGCUAGGCAAAGAUAAGCUACCGAUAGGGAGCAAGAGCGGGUGUAUUGCCUCCUGCAGGGCGUGGGUGUCUGGCCGUCAGUACCGUAAACCCUAUGAGGAACUUAGUGAUCUGAUCUUUCGCUCUCCCUUCCAACUUCCUUUUGCUCCCCCCCAUUGACUUCCCUUUUCCCAUUUCCAUGCGCUAGCUCUUGCCUCAGACGUUGCCCUGAACAGCACUCUUAAGGAAGCUCACAUUCAACAUGGCGCCCAAGAACGACACUAUGCACAAGUUUAACGAACUCAUGGUUCGCUUGAAUCGGUAUCCAAUCCGAUCCAAACAACAUUUACUCUUCUUUCCAUUAUCUGUCAUCUCCGAUGGCAAGAAAAAAGUUAGAGGGGAGAAUAGUGAGAAAGAAAUGCUAAUAAUCUUGCAGCCUCCUCUCUAAUCCCUCCGGUAUUGACAAAGUUCUCAUGACCACUCAAUACACCCUUGCCCUCCUUCCUCCGUCCGCCCUCUCGUCUACCCGCUCCGCUCGCAUCAACAUUCCGAAGCUCACCUCUCUAAUCUCCGAUAUCCGUAUGUUCAUGCGUCUCUGGGGUCUCGUCGGCAUCUACACCUGGGGUCUCUCGACUCUGUCCGCCUCACGCCCCUCACCCAUUGAGAUUGCCCAGGUUUUCGCCAAUACUUGUUUCCAGAUCUGCGAGAACGUGGCGUACUUGUCUUCCCAUGGGAUUGUCAGGAUCCGCAAGAAAACCGAGGGGCAAUUGUGGCUGUGGAGCUCUAGAUUCUGGAUGGCCCAUGUUGCGUUGGAGUUUGUUAGAUUAUUUGGUGGAGGUAGGAGGGGGAAGGGUUGGGAGAGAGCGCUCUUGAGCAAUUGUGCCUAUGCGCCUUUGACGGUAUGCCCCCACUUCCGUGAGUUAGUCCCUUCGGUCGGAAGCUGAUCCAGGGUUCGUUCAGGUCCAUUAUUCGGUCGAAGGGGGGACAAUCAGUCCUGAGGCUAUCGCGACUUGUGGAAGUGUUGCCGCGGUUAUUGGAUUGCAGAAUGAAUGGAGAAAGACAGCUUAGGAGGCGGCCGACAAGUUUAAUUUAUGAUUAGAGAGAUACCCUGGCAUCGUGAGCGAUUUUCAUGGAGUUUACUAAAGAGGGUUUUCUGGAGUGGGCGCCAGUUUCCUGCAUUUUUAGUGCAUAGAAGUGAAUUGGCAGGUGAUAUUUU